GUUGAUUUAUCAGCGCUAACCACUGUGUGUAUAUUUAGUUCGUAUAAGAUUAAAAAAUAUGCAAAAAUAUGAAAAACUUGAAAAAAUAGGAGAAGGUACAUAUGGCACUGUAUUUAAAGCUAAAAAUCGUGAAACUCAGGAAAUAGUAGCACUCAAAAGAGUUCGAUUAGAUGAUGAUGAUGAAGGUGUUCCCUCGUCAGCUCUACGUGAAAUUUGUCUUUUAAAAGAACUUAAGCAUAAAAAUAUAGUUCGUCUUUAUGAUGUUCUUCAUAGUGAUAAAAAAUUAACUUUAGUAUUUGAACAUUGUGAUCAAGAUCUCAAAAAAUAUUUUGAUAGUCUAAAUGGUGAAAUUGAUUUAGAUGUUGUCAAAUCAUUUUUAUAUCAAUUGUUACGGGGAUUAGCUUUUUGUCACAGUAAAAAUGUUUUACACAGAGAUCUUAAACCUCAAAACUUAUUGAUUAAUAAGAAUGGUGAAUUGAAAUUAGCUGACUUUGGGUUGGCAAGAGCAUUUGGUAUUCCAGUAAAAUGUUAUUCAGCUGAAGUCGUUACAUUAUGGUAUCGUCCACCUGAUGUUUUAUUUGGAGCUAAACUCUACACAACAUCUAUUGAUAUGUGGAGUGCAGGCUGCAUAUUUGCUGAAUUAGCAAAUGCAGGAAGACCACUUUUUCCUGGAUCAGAUGUUGAUGAUCAACUUAAGAGAAUAUUUAAAAUGUUAGGUACUCCAACCGAAGAAUCAUGGCCAGACUUAACGUCUUUACCUGAUUAUAGAGCCUUUCCUCAAUAUCAUCCAACUCAAGGAUUAGCUCAAGUUACACCUAAACUCCCGACGAAAGGAAAAGAUUUAUUACAAAGAUUAUUAGUAUGUAAUCCGGCAUUAAGGCUUUCAGCUGAUGAAGCAAUGGCACAUCCUUAUUUUAACGACUUAAACCCUGCCAUCAAGAAUGAUCGAUGUCAAUAACAUGUUCCCGUAAAUUGAGAUACGACUGACUAUACAUAGUGCAUAAAGCACAAUGACCAAAAAAAAAACACUCCAGGAAAGAUUAUUUAUUAUGUAAAGCGUGCUAAUGUACGAUUAUAAAACUGUGAAAUAUUUAUGAAUCUUAUUUUAUAUGCAACUGUCCAAAACUAAUCAAUAAAUUAUGAAUUUUACGACAAA